AUGCCUGGAGGUCGUUUUCCGUGGACGGCUGAACAAUGGGAUCAGGCAUGGGACGACAUCGAGAGAAGCAAUCCUGGGCCUCAACUAAUAUUUCCCAUCAUCGUCAUCAUAUCCGACGCCAGUCCCAUUACAUUAAAAGUAAAACUUGAAGAGACUACAGGGCCGGUGACGACAGAUCUGGAGUGGGCAGACCGAGGGUCACUCAUGAGAAGCACGGAGGAUACAAAUGCGGAGAAGCUCAUGUAUGAUGGGGAAUACACCCACACAGCCGAGAGACUACAUGGACGUGACACUUAUGGUGGGUAG